UGCCCAUCCUGCCGGCCGCGGUUAUGGAUUCGAUCAUUAUUCAGGAGCGUUUAGUGGAGAAGCUGCUUUCCCCGCGGACGCAGGCACAGCGAAGCCACCCGGGCAAGCUGAAGGACCAUGAGAAGCAGUACGUGGGCUUUGCCACUCUCCCCAACCAGGUGCACCGGAAAUCCGUCAAGAAGGGUUUCGACUUCACCCUCAUGGUCGCAGGAGAGUCGGGUCUGGGCAAAUCCACCCUCGUGAAUAGCCUGUUCCUGACAGAUCUCUACAAAGACAGAAAGCUCCUCAACGCAGAGGAGAGAAUCAACCAGACAGUGGAAAUUGUCAAGCACACAGUAGACAUUGAGGAAAAGGGUGUCAAGCUGAAGCUGACCAUAGUGGACACGCCAGGCUUUGGAGAUGCUGUUAACAACACUGAGUGCUGGAAGCCCAUCACUGACUACAUCGACCAGCAGUUCGAACAGUAUUUCCGAGACGAGAGUGGCCUGAACCGCAAGAACAUCCAGGACAACCGCGUGCACUGUUGCCUCUACUUCAUCUCGCCCUUCGGGCACGGGCUGAGGCCAGUGGAUGUCGAGUUCAUGAAGGCUCUGCAUGAGAAGGUCAACAUCGUACCCCUGAUUGCCAAAGCCGACUGCCUGAUUCCCUCUGAGAUCCGGAAACUAAAAGAGAGGAUCCGGGAAGAGAUUGACAAAUUUGGCAUUAAAGUGUACCAGUUUCCAGAGUGUGACUCUGAUGAAGAUGAGGAAUUCAAACAACAAGACAGAGAGCUGAAGGAGAGCGCUCCCUUUGCUGUCAUCGGCAGUAACACCGUGGUGGAGGCGAAAGGCCAGAGAGUGCGGGGACGGCUCUACCCCUGGGGCAUUGUGGAAGUGGAAAACCAGGCGCACUGCGACUUCGUGAAGCUGAGGAACAUGCUGAUCCGGACACACAUGCAUGACUUGAAGGAUGUCACUUGUGAUGUCCACUAUGAGAACUACCGAGCUCAGUGCAUCCAGCAAAUGACCAGCAAGCUGACGCAGGACAACAGGAUAGAAAGCCCUAUUCCUAUCCUGCCUCUCCCAACACCUGACACUGAGACGGAGAAGCUGAUCAAAAUGAAGGAUGAGGAGUUGCGGCGGAUGCAAGAAAUGCUGCAGAAGAUGCAGCAGCAGAUGCAGGAUCAGUGAAAGGCAGGUGUCUGGAGGGCAAAGGGAAUCACCGGGAGACCGUCUGAAGCCUGGCUUGAGCAGUGGACGUUUAAAAAGAGGUUCCCUGUUGUGUAGAGACUUGUGGGCAAGAG